GUAGAACAAGGUCACUGAAUAAAACACGGCAAUAGGACGGAAAGACUGUCGAAGAGAAACAACGGCAAUCGAACAAAUUUCGCUUGGCAGACCGAUUUUUUUAUCCGUGGCCCGAGACAUCAUUUUUGUGGCUCCCUACCACUAUUGUAAUAAAGCUUUGAGUUAUUGGUACGUAAAUGCCAUUCCAAGUGGUCAUACACCCCUCGAGUCGUCGUCGUCGGUUGCAUUUCAUUGUCGCUCUCGUCAUCGUCAGUCGUCAAGACUGUCGCCGGUAGGUAUUUUUAUGGAAAACGAUUCUUUGACUUCUCCGACUCAAUGUCACACCAAAACGGCAAACCUGUAUCCUACGGCACGAUUACGCCUCUUUCCAAAAAUUGGUACUCGUAGUUGUUUGGCACAGCAAUGAAAGGAGAAAGAAAACAAGCAUGUCUCGAAGAACGACGAUGCGAUUUCAGUCGCAAUUUCAACCUAUUUGUGCCCCUCUCAUCACAGUUUAUCCCGCUUGUCUACUUCAUCGGCUGUUGCCAAUCUAAAUCACAUUAUUUUCAUUUUUGCUAUUAUGGACAGAGGAGACAACGGAACUCAGCAGGUAACGAAGAAUCAUCGAGUGAUUCCGAAAGUUGUGAGAGCGAAGAAACAAAACAGCAUAGUUAAGGUCGAGUUCUUUUGCGGGGGGAAGACGGAGAACGAUUGAAUACAAUGGACCAACCAGCUUCAACGAAUGAGAAUGUGGGUUCCGGGGUGGGGUAUAGCGUCGUGAACGAUUUGAUGCGAGUCUACGAGAAUUUGACCMAAUCCAGCACACCGCAGGCAAGAGUACCCGACGCUUCGAAGGCAUUGAGUAUUGCUUACAACACCAAUAACAAUGGAAACAGCAACAGCAACGUACCGGCACCACCAGCAGCGGCACCACUGUACCCACCACAACCUCCGAUGGGGUAUCCCAUCCCACCACCUCCUGGGUAUCAACAGCAGCAACACCAAAUAGCAUCGGCUACAACAACAGCACGAGCACCAAAAAAUCCUCUUCACACAUUAUCAAAGGCACCUUCACAAGCACAUCCAACCUCUGACAACAACCAAGAGGGAGAUGGACCUCCAAACGCGGCCUCUUAUCCACAGCAACAGCAACAACGACAGGGAACGUCUGCAUACGCUCCUGCCCCAAUGGGAGAAGCCCAGCCAGGUUCUCCCCCGCAGAGUGGCAACAAAGAUGGAGGAAGCCACCAUAGCGCACAACCCCCCGGAGAGGAAACACACCACGGAAACCAUAACAUAGUUAGGAGCUCUAGCAUCAUCUCCAACCAACAACAAACUGCGGAUGCCUCUUCAGAGUCGGACAAGUCCGGUUCCGGGGGUCGAUCUAGGAGAAAACGAAAGCAGCAGCAAGAAGGGGUAAAUAGCAGCGGCGGUGGGAAGAAAGGCACAAGAAAUAAAAAGUCCAAAAAGGAAGACGGUCGUUGGUCGAAGCGAUUCACUUGGCCGGAAGAUUUGCAUCGCGAUUUUGUGUCGGCAAUAUUUGACGUGGGAUUGAAGCACUCCUCUCCCUCGGCCAUUAUGGAGCACAUGCCAAAACACGAACAGAUCACUACGGAGCGAAUCAAAUCGCACUUGCAAAAAUACCGUCUCCAUCGUGUCAAGUCCAAAAAGGAAUUCAUUUCCUCCUAUGAAGCAUCGUUACGUAACUUUCAGCAGAACCAAAGCAAUGUGAGCACCCUGGUUUCUGGCAGCGGCGAAGUGGCUGCUCAUCUGACAUCUACAGCCCUUGGAACUAACAAGAAUGGAAGUUCUGGAACGGUUUCGAAAGAGGGUGCCGAUCAUUCCAAUGGCGCUCUGGCUGUGGUGCACAGUGGCGAUCGUCCCAAAAAUAUUUCCCAGCCAAUCGAUGAUGGAAAUGACUCGUUGAUGCUUCCCCAGCUGACAGAAGAAGAAAAGCAGUCACCGAUAGGGGCUGCUAUGGGAUAUUUGAUGGGAUUGUUCUUUUCCCUCAAGCAGCAACUCGUGAUUCAGAGAUCACUGGAAGCUUCGGGAGAAAAGGCCAAGGGGAAUACGAUGUUCUCGUCUUCCCCGGUUGCCAUUGCCCCCGGGAGCACCAACAUAAUCCCUGCAGCAGCGACUGCCACUGCAGCUGCGGUUGCUGCUGGUGUUGAGUUUGCAGCGAAUGGCACGAUGCAACAGUCGCAGCAACUAUCAGCCCCUGUCUCUAUUAGAUCAAAGAUGGAGGAAAAUAGCAUGAUGAAACGAGAAAUGAAAAACCAAAUGGCACUUCAAAACAAAAUGAGAGCUCUCAAACAGCAAGAACUUGCGAAGUACAACAACAUCAAUAAUCAGGAGGCUGUUCCAGAUCCGGUAAUGAAUACUGCAGCUCAGCACGGCGGCAGCACCGACCCCCAUUUUUCGGAGACUGGUGGAGGUAUCGAUAGAAGCAGCAACAGUAUGCUAGGGGUCCAUACCGUGAGAGUGGAGCAAAAGCAACACCAACCAAUUGGUGGCAACAACAGCAAUGCCGUUGUAGCAACACAGUCCGAAAUGGCCGGAACUGACAUGUCUUCUGGACAGGCAUACUCAAACAACAACGACACCUCCAUGCUUGAUGCGGAAGAUUUCUGGCACACGGAUGUCGUUGACGAACAGCUCUUUGAAUUUUUGAUGAACAAUUAGUUAAUUUACAAGUUUAUAAUAGAACUAUUGGAUUGGC